UAUCAGUUUGCUUUGGCUCUCUUUAUGAUUGAUUAAGUAGUAUAAUGAUGAUUUUAACGUGAUUACUAACAAUUAAUUUACCCCAAAACUUCUACUCCUAUAUCAAUAAUUAUUGGGUUUCAAUAUCAUAAUAGUUGAGCAGUUCUAGACAUACUAAGUUUGUCUGUGAAGAUGAGUAACCAAAGACACUUCAUGCUGCUUUUAGCAAUAGCUAUCAUCAUCCUACACCACAUCGUAUUUGGACAACAUUCAAACUGUAUUUGUUCUAUAGAGACGAACGGUCAUCAAAAAGAGUGUGAUAUUAUUUUUGAUACGGAGAAGAUUGGAAAUGACACAAUAAUUCGUUUCUGCUCAGGAGAUAUUGAUAUUUCCAAGCCAAUUGUUUUGAGCAAUCUCACCAAUAUCACAUUUGUUGGCAAGAAUAACACUACAUUAAGGUGCAAUGGGAUCGAAGGUGGCCUAAAGUUUGUACACGUUACCGGCUUGACUAUCAGAAGUUUAAAAAUAGUUGGUUGUGGCUUGGUACAUGACAGUACAACCGAGGACAAGUAUAUGAAUAGCAUGGUUCAACUGAGCAGCGCAUUGUACAUUAUUAACUGUACUGACCUUUCUGUUAAUGGACUUUAUGUCUUCAACAAUUCUGGAGUUGGUCUUGUUAUGUAUGACGUCAGUGGAGUUGUUGAGAUAUUAAAUUCUGUUUUCGAGCACAAUUCACAGCAGAACACAAAAAUUGACGAUAUUUUCCGAGGCGGUGGACUUUACAUUGAAUUCACUGUCUGCGCAGCUGGUGUUUACUGCACAGAUUUUAACAGCAAGCCUGAAAAUAUGAGAGCAAGGGGGAAUCGUUAUUUGCUGGCUAACUGCACAUUUUCCAAUAACAAAGCUCAGUUCUGGGGCUCAAAAUACAUGCAAUACAAGAAUAACUCACGACUAAAUCACCAAGGGCUGGGCAGAGGUGGUGGACUGUCAAUACAGCUAAGUGGGAAAUCUAACUUCAAUACAUUUACAAUUCGUGACUGUACAUUCAGAGCUAACGAAGCAAAUUGGGGAGGUGGUCUCUACAUAGUCAUACAAGACUCUAGCAGUCACAACAUCAUUAAGCUAUUAAAUCUUACGAUUCAAGAUAAUACGUGUAAACAUUUUGGAGGUGGUGGUGUGGACAUAGGCUACAAUACUGCUUUAAUAUCCAACAAUACAGUGCAUUUUGAUCACUGUACAUUUGAAAGAAACUGGGCAGUUUAUGGGGGAGGGAUUCGAGUCUACUCAAUUCGAAGAGAAAAAUCUGAUUUGCUAAAUGUCUUGGAGUUUUAUCAUUGUAAUUGGACACAAAAUGAAGCUAAAUACGGAUCAGCAAUUGAUAUUGCUCCACAUGUAUGGGAGAUUUUAUCUAAAGGAUUCUUACCAGUACCAGUGUUUCAUAACUGUGAAUUCAGAUCAAAUACAGUGAGUUUGGAUUCUCAGAACUAUACAGGUUAUGAAAAUGGAAGGGGUUCAAUGAUGCUUACAGAUUUCAAUGCAAUAUUUAGUGGUUUGAUAAUAUUUGAAGGUAACUCAGGCUCUGCACUCUACCUUUCAUCCAGUAUCAUUACAACAAGACCUGACACCAUAUGCGACUUUGUCGGAAAUUACGGAUUUGAAGGUGGUGCAAUUGCAUUUGUUGGAUUAUCAGCUUUGUUUGUGAUGGAAAAAAACUCAUUUACUUUCAAUAAAAACACUGCUUUGAGAAGGGGUGGAGCUAUCUAUGAGUACAACAUUGACAAACACAACUUUGUAUCAUCGAGAAGUUGUUUUAUUCAAUAUCAUGGAUCUGUUGACUCAAAAAAUUCGAAUGUAACAUUUGAAUUUAAAGACAAUUACGCUGAGAUUGCCGAGGGCAAUCAAACUGAAUGUUACGCUGCUGGCCAUGACAUUUUCUCUCCUUCAUUACAAACGUGUAUUACUGCAUGCAAUCAUCCAACUGAGGGAUUCGAACGUACAACUCAUCACUAUGCACAUACAUUCACCUGUGUCGGUACAUUCAUUUUCCAUGGUGCCGAUAUCAAAUGUCAUCUAUCAACUUCAGGAGGACAAUUUCAAAUAAACAAAACGAUGUUUCUUGGUGACAACCAGUACUUUCAAGUAUACCCUGGACGUAAAACUAAUUUGCCAAUAUCAGUAAUAAAUGAUUACUACCAAACAAUAGAUGCAGUAUACUACGCAACACUAAGUAAAAAUACAUCAAGUGUCAAACUCGGUCAACCGUACACGUAUAUAUCCAAUAGAAAGGUGCAACUAAAUGGGCAACCUGGAAGUGAUAGUGUGCUAAGACUACAAAAAUUAGGAUAUCGCGAAUUGAGGCUUAACAUCAAUAUAUCUCUCUUGGAAUGCCCACCAGGGUAUUUUUUGGAUGAAUCUACCGAAAACUGCGUUUGCAGUGCUUCAACUUUGGAAACGGCAUUUCGACCCAUACACCAGUGUGAUUAUAAACUUUUUCAAGCACAUUUGCAAAAAGGAUACUGGUUUGGGUUCAAUAAUAACACACGUAAUUUUGAAUAUGGAUACUGUCCUGGUGGCUAUUGUAAUCACUUUGAUCAAAACUCAGUCUUACCUAAAACUAAAGAGAUGCUUGACAAGGAGGUCUGUGGCAUUUAUCGAACUGGAAGGCUCUGUGGUGAAUGUCGAGAGAAUUAUUCCGUUCAUUAUCAUGGGAUGAAUCACAACUGUCAAAAAAAUGAAUCGUGUGAUUACGGAUGGCUUCUUUACAUUAUAUCUGAGCUUUUCCCACUAACUGUUUUAUUUGUCUUGACAACUGUACUAAACAUUAGUUUCACAUCUGGCGCAGUCAAUGGAUUUAUUUUCUUUUCACAAGUGAUUGAUUCUAUACCUGUCACUGGAAAUUCAUUCAUCAUAUUUCCAAAUCCAGUGUAUCAUACAUACACCAUAACCAGAAUGAUCUACAAUGUGUUCAAUUUAGAUUUCUUCCUUCAUGAUAAGCUUUCAUUUUGCCUAUGGAGAGGAGCCACAACAAUGGAUAUGCUUAUGUUCAAGUUUACAACUGUUGUUUAUGUACUUCUUUUGGUAAUCAUAACUGUUGGCCUGAUAAACUACUGCAAUAUUCUGCAGAAAUGCAGUUGUUUUCGUUACUCUACUAUCAAGUCGUCCAUUAUACACGGUUUAUCAGCAGUGCUCGUGAUCGUGUUUUCCCGAUGCUUCAAAGUUUGCAGUCAAAUCCUUAACAUCACCCAUGUAUACGGCCAGGGUAACAUCUUCUAUCAAACUGUUGUAUUUCUUCAAGGUAACUUGACGCCAUUUUCAGGGGAUCAUCUGAAGUAUGCUAUUUUUGCAGUUCUGUGCAUGCUUAUCAUGUUUAUUCCAAUGCUGCUUCUACUAAUAUAUCCAUUUUGUUUCAAACUGUUGUCCAUUUGUAAAUGUGUUGAUACAAAUUCAAUAGCUAAAAUGUUUGUUCAUGCACCGUACUCAAAACUGAAACCAUUCUUGGAUUCCUUUCAGAGCUGCUUUAAAGACAACUAUCGAGUUUUCGCUGGUUUGUAUUUCGUGUAUCGAGUGCUAAUUAUCUGUACAACCCUUUUUCCAACAUUGAGCCAUCAAUACUUAACACUGGACGUCUUACUUGUUUCGUUCCUACUCAUCCACAGCAUUGCACAGCCUUAUCUCAAGCGAUGGCACAAUAUUUUGGAUUCACUGCUCCUUUUGUGUCUGAUAAUCAUCAACCAAGUGACACGAUUCAAUUAUGACAACAGUAAAUUUCCUAAUGGUGACGACUCCCAACUUCUUCCAUAUUCAACUACUUUGCUGGUUCUCAUCAUGAACUGUCCUAUUGUGUACAUGAUAGCUUAUAUUCUUGUGAGACUUGUGUGCAAAGUGAGAGAUGCUCUAAAGAAGACAAAACGACUUGAUUUAGUUCAAGUCCAGGACUGGGAUGACAUGGAAUUGUCAAACAGAGAUCGAGAUUCCGACUCAAAUUCGGACGAAAAUAGUGACUAUCAUGCAUUUGGGAAAUGAAUCAGGAGCAUACUGUAUGGUAUAUCUAUUCUCUAUAAUAUUAUUGGUACGUAAAUCAGUUUACCUUAUACAUUGUGUAUCUAGUGUGUGCAUUAUAGCUUGCAAUUACGUAGUAUAUAUACACCUCUUGAUUGAUCACACCAUUAUACUCAUUACUUUGUUGUGACAAACACUAACACUUUUCAUCAUAAAUAAUUAAAAUCGAUAAAGUCACAUUCUCUAUACUUAUUAUUGGUGGACUUGAAGUCACGAUUAUAAGUUUCAUGAACAUACUGCAGCUUGGUUUGUGGAGUAUAGUAUACAAUCAUUAAAGGUCUUCACAGAAAUGAGGCAAUAAAAAGUGUUUUAUUUUUUGUGUUGAACGGUUUGCUGUCAAAACAUUUUUUUGUGCACUUACGGAGUUAGUUUGUGCUCAGGCCCCUUA